AUGUCGGUUGUUUGUGGGCGUAAAAGGUAUACUAGGGAUGAGGUGCUGGCUUGCAAAGAACUCGCAAAUUUGAUCGUUCUUCCCUUCCUUUCCUUGCCUACACCAGUUCCCCGAGGCAAUCGAAAGAAAUCCCAGUCAAACGACAUUGAAGAAUGCCUCAUGCACCAAACCACCGGGGAACAUGCUCAUCCUCCAAGCCGUUUAACUAUCCCAGAUCCUAAGAUUCCGACUGGGGGAGCGCGUAAGGGGGAGCUGGGGGGGCUCUGGGGGGGCUCGGCUGGGCGGGGGAGCUUUGGGGGGGGGGGGGGGGGGAGGGGGGGCUGGGGUGGGGAGCUGGGGGCGGGCUGGGCGUGUAGGGGGGGGGGCAGCUGGGCGGUGGGGGGGGGGCUGGGGCUGGCGGGGGGGGGUGGGGAUGGGGGGGCUGGCCCGGGGUGGAGGGGGGGGGCGCUGGAGGGGCUGGGGGCGGGGAGGGGGGCCGGGGCUGGGGCUGGGGCUGGGGGGGCGCUGGGGGGGGGGUAG